CGAAGGAUCUAUUCGACAUGGAUAAACUAAUAAUUUUGAUGGCAAGAAUCCCUUGUUUGUUGGCUUGUGAGGUGUUUGUUGUCGAUGGGGUGAUUUUGUGCCUAAGUACACAAAUUGAGUUUGUUUUUACGUUGAAGAGUUUGUAGAUAGGAGCUGUCGUCAUGGUAACAUCUCGAUCUAAUAUUACUUACUCGCUCGCCAAGUCUCUUCGAGGUCUGACCUACGGAAAAUACUGCGUUCGUUACGAACUGAGUCUAACUCGAAGAAUUAGCAAUUAUUAUAACACUUUUAACACGUGACGAUUGGUAAGCUUGUUUUUGAAAACAUGAAACCAAGCUCAAACAGUUCCACAUUCUUCGGGUGAACCUAUUAUGCGAUCUAAGCCGUGGGCUACUAGUUUCACCGCCACUACACCAAACCAGAGCAAAGUUGAAACGAUGGAGAAUGGAGUAAAGCUUCCCCCACUUAACCCUCUCUCGCAAAUUGAUUGUCUAGCACCAGAWCGCGCGGACGAAAYAGCUAUUGCAAGAGAACAAGAGGUUAAUCUAGCUAAGAUUCGCCACAGGCAAAAGAGAAUCAUCCAACCAGAAAAUAAAGAGAGAGAAUUCGAGUUUGGUAGACGACGAAAACGAAGAAACCCUGAGUUUCCUGAGGGYUCAUACCCACCACUAUCCCAGGUUCCAAUGGGAAACAAUCCAAUACUCGAUAUACCAACAAAGAAAACACAUCAUYCYUAUAAAAGAAACGUCAAUACAACACGAUUGAUUCCCAUUUCACAGAUUUCUUGUCUUCUUYACGCAUCCAAUGAGAGCCGUAAUAAAACCACACCCCCAAAAAGUUCAUCGAAGUUUCACAUUUACGAUAACGAUUCUACGUAUGUGAAGCUAGCCAAGUCUGGWGGUCAACCAAAUCUAUUGCAUUACAUUGAGGCAAAACCACCUUUGAGACGGUCAGUGGACACACACUAUUCACCAAGUCCUAAUGGACUUUUACCUGCACUCAAYUCUAAAUCGGUACAGGAUCCGACAUGGAAACCUUCUGAUUGGUCCCCGUUGCCGUCAAUUAAAAAGAAAGAAGAAGAUGCCAACCUUAAAGAAAAGUAGCACAACUUUGAAUAAAGGCAUUCAUCUUUUUAAAUUCAUCUUAAGGUGCACUACAUAUAGCAAUUUCAAAAACCAUUGAAUACUGAAUUCUGCAAAGUGCACUCCAAGACUGCAAUGCAUCCUGGCCAUUAAAUUCCGCGUUAGUUACGCAAAUAUGGCAAAAUGAUUCUAAAUUCGCCUUGCUUUCCAUUCAUGAAGUUUUUGACUAUACGUGAGAUGGUACGUAUCGUCACUCUGAAACCAUGAAAACUCCUUCUGAAUGGCGACAGAAAACCCAGCAAUGCACUAUCUUCAGUAUUCAAUGUUUUMCRYAAAUAGCUGUAAGCUGCAUAUCAUAUGUUCUGUGAUGAUACUUUGAUCCAGGACCAAGCUACAAAGAUGGACAGAGUUCUGGUGCAACAGAUUACACACAUAUCUAUAAACAGUGGAUUCCUCCACCAUAACUUUACAUAAAGAAUUUACUUUAUGAAUAUCUGUAUAUAAAACAUAAUACCAUGACUUCAUUAAAAUGACUUGAAACUGUAAAUAUCAAKUGAUGCAUUCUUCAAUUUUGAGAUCAAUAAAUAAAUCCCCAAAACACUUGAAUAUUUAA